GGCUGGUUGCCAAGAUAAGGCAGCUCUCUGUUUCAUUCUCACACACACAGAUACGCAGGGACAGACAGUUGUGAGCUGUUAGAGAGAAGCCACAGCUCACCUUUGUCCCUUGCUUUUAAACCACUGUAUUUUGAGUGUGUGGCCAAUCGUGAUGUCAGGAGGGUGUUGCCUAUAGGAUGUUGUACCAUACAUUGAAAAGAUGAAGCAUUAUGUUCAGUGUGGAUUUGAAUACACUUUGUAAACAGCUCAGCAGAGGGAUAUUGGCUGGAAAUCUGCAUGGUGGCGAUUGUCUGAUUUCCAGUAAGCUCUAAGGUUUCAUGGUCAGUAUUGGAUAUUAAAGAAUGUUCAACAAAGAGGAUAUAAAAGUGAAUACUAUGUGGAACACUGGAUAUUCAAACUCACUUCCUCGAAUGGAAUAUCCAUACUACCAGGUGUCUCGCAGUCAUAAUCAGAGGACCACAACAUUCAGUCAUCCUGUGACAGGAGAAAUAUCUCCGGAAAACUUUGAGUUUGAUUUACGAGAAGAGGAGAACUCGCUCAUGUCUCAACCGCAGAAGAACCAAAGACCUUCAAGUACGGUUAGCGAAAGCUCCACUGCAGUAACCACUUCCACUGCAGAGGCCAAGUCUGCUCCUAAGGCGGCAAAGCUGGGCAAUAAAGUAUAUAGCUUUGGCAAAAGAGACCAAUCUAUCAAGAGAAAUCCGAAUAUCCCCGUUGUGGUACGAGGCUGGCUUUAUAAACAGGAUAGCUCAGGCAUGCGCUUGUGGAAAAGACGUUGGUUCCUGCUUUCAGAUCACUGUUUGUUUUACUACAAAGAUAGCAGAGAGGAGGCCGUGCUGGGCAGCAUUCCCUUGCCAAGUUACGUUAUCGCGGCUGUCGGACCUGAGGAUCGUAUAAACCGCAAGUUUUCAUUUAAGGCUUCUCAUACUGGGAUGCGAGCGUACAUUUAUCAAAAAAACUCUAUUGUGAGGCCCCACCAAGAGAAUUCUGGGAUGCGAACUUACUACUUCAGUGCAGACACACAAGAGGAUAUGAAUGGAUGGAUAAGAGCAAUGAAUCAAGCUGCCCUGCUACAAUCCUCUCCAGUGACCAAGAGAGAGCAUGAAGAUAUUGAGUGGCAGAAUACCCCUGUUGGGAAUCAUAUAGAUCUCUACCAAGAAUAUGCAAAACCAGAAACUAACAAAAUAAAGGAAAAUUACCAGAAACCCAAGGAAAUUGCAGCUCUACACAUGUUUGAAGACCAGAACCGAGAGACAGGAGACAACAACCACUAUAUAAAACAUAAAGAUACGCUAAAUUCAAGAGCGGGGAAAACUAAGCUCAUCUUGUCUGAUGGAGAAUCGGCCUUCACAAAUGUCUCUAAAAUGUAUUUAACCCAAACUGCUCAGCCGCAAUCUAUUGAGAGGAACGGUACACUCCCUGCAUCAUUUAGAAUGAAUACAACUCCGGUGGAGCAGAAUGGAACGGACACCUAUAAAAGAGCGUUUGUUCCUAGGAUAAAUGUGGAAAAGCAAGUUCAGAGGAGAAGUAACAUGUCACAAGUGGAAAACUGGGUUAAGGUGCAGAAAGGAGACACUAAAGGUGUUGCUUCUGAUCAUACUCUCCCACGAUACAUUGUUAAUCAACCCCAGCAUCACCCAGAGAGCCACCAAACAUUGCCAAAGACCACCAGACAGCCUUCUGGAAUGUCUCCUCCUCCGAAUCGUCAUUUGCCAAGUGACUAUAAAUAUGCACAUGACCGUGUUAAAAACUUUAAGAUGUCCAAUGAGGAGCGGAAAGCCACUAAGGAAGGAACUGUGUGGCAGCUCUAUGAAUGGCAACAGAGACAGCAGUUUAAGCAUGGCAGCCCAACCGGUCAAAUUUACAUGGACAGUGCAGACUUUGUGGAUCGGAACAGAACAAAAAGUUUGUUAGACGUUCCUCGAUCUGUUUCUGUUCCUCCCUCUCCUUCUGACAUUCCUCCACCAGCACCUGCAAAAAUAUAUCCUCCAAGAAGACCCCACACACCAUCAGAAAGACUUAUUGUCAGACCAGAGGAACAACAGGCAGACUUCGCCUAUCUAGGGUCACCACAGAAGACCCACAGCUAUGCUUUUAAGUCUACAUCCCAUGUGGACAGACGUUCAAUGCCUUCUAUGGGAUAUAUGACCCACACUGUAAGUGCACCAAGUUUACAUGGCAAGUCGGAGGCGGAUGAUACAUACAUGCAGCUAAAGAAAGACUUGGAGUAUUUAGACCUAAAGGUAACUGGAAGGGAGACGCUAAAGGAUCGUGCGUCAAAGCCUGUCAGAGUCGCAGAAAGUGAUGUUGAUGUUAAACUAAGCACUCUAUGUGAGCAGGACCGAAUUCUUCAAGACUUAGAAGACAAAAUAAGAGCCCUCAAGGACAAUAAAGACAAGUUAGAAACAGUUCUAGAGGUUUUGCACAGACAAAUGGAUCAAUACAAAGACCAGCCACAACACACAGAAAAGAUUUCCUACCAGCAACGUCUGCUACAAGAAGACUUGGUCCAAAUUCGAGCUGAAAUGUCCAAAGUAUCGACUGAUAUGGAAAACUCUUGGAAUGAGUAUAUGAGACUGGAAAAUGACGUCAGCCGUCUAAGGCAAAUGCUACAGGAUCAAAUGAAUAGAACGAUAUCAUCUCAGGAAAAGGCUCAGUUGCAAAAAGACCUGUGGAGAAUCGAAGACGUUACGGCCGGUCUCAGCACAAAUAAACUAAACUACAAGGUGCUUAUAGAAUCUUUUAAAAAUCCAGAAAGAAAAACCGUGCCUUCGGCUCCCUUCCAAUUUGUGCCUUCCAGGACAACAGCAUUUACAUCCGUACGCAGUAAAUCGGUGUCCCCACUAAAUCCUCCAUCAAGCCUUGUCAAGCCUCCUCUUGAGGUUGGGAUGUACCCUCAGCCGUAUUUACAACCGCAGCUGCUGCAUAAAUCGGAACCUCAUAUUCCGUCACCUCCUAGACUACAACCAAUGCUUGAAGAUGGUGCCCCACCGCGACCGCCUCUUCCUGACAUGUACAGUCCAGAAGAUCCAGACCCACUAUCAACAAUACCUCCGCCACCUGCUGUACCUCCCCCUCCACGCGAGUCCUCUGUCAUCAGACACACAUCUGUGCGUGGGCUAAAGCGCCAGUCUGAUGAAAGAAAACGAGACCGCGAACAUGGACAAGGUGUAAACGGGGACUACAGGGUAGAACUUCGCACAUAUGUCAGUGAACCUGAGUUGGCAAAUUUAGGAAAUGAUGCAAACCAAUCGGUUCCCAACUUCCUUAACUCUGAUGCUGGUUAUCAAACAUUACCCACCAGAGGUUUAUCUGGAUCAACCUCAAGGCUGCAUCAGUCGUCGUCCAUCGCAUCUUAUGUCACACUCCGAAGAGGCAUGACUCCCGAUAGUUCUAAGGAUAGACCAAAAAGUGCCUUUGAGCGCCUUUACUCUGGUGACAACCAAAGAGGCCGAAUGAGCGCAGAGGAACAGCUACAGAGGAUGAAGCGACAUCAGAAGGCCUUAGUCCGUGAACGCAAGCGAACGCUCAGCCAAGGGGACAGACAGUCUGUCUCAAAUCGCACCUUCGCCCGGCCUGUUUCUGCAGACAUAAGCUCAUGGAAACGGGAACAAGAAUUUGAUUUGCAGUUGCUGGAGAGGGCGGCUCGCGAAGUAGAGGACAAAGAUAAAGACGAAAGUGAAUGGUUGAAAGUGAAAGCUAUUCAUGUCACAGAACUGGAUUUAGAGCCAGAAGAUUAUGAUCUGGAUAUUAGCAAAGAGCUGUCUAUGCCUGAUAAGGUGACAAUUCCAGAGCGCUACGUUGAGCUGGAGCCAGAGGAACCUCUCACCACAGAAGAAUUAGAGGCCAGAUACCGUAAAGUGGAAAAGAUAAAAAAUAUUCUGGCUAAGUCAAGCAUGCAAAAUCUGCAGUCAGUUCCAUUUCCUGAUGAACCAGGCCCAGUGGAUUUAGAUUCCCAGAUGCAGGAACAGGAGAGAAUGAUCACUAUAUCCUAUGCUCUGGCAUCUGAAGCGUCUCAGCGGAGCAAACAAGUAGCAGCCCACGCAGUUGCUGAAAAUUGACAUCUAAUAUAAACCAAGAUGAAGAAAAACAAUAUUUAUUUUUGUUCCUAUCUACAAGAGACAAUGAGUGGAAAAAGACUGAGGAAACAGCCCACACAUUUACCGUAUUUACAAACUAAAAACUAUUUGGAUAAUGGUUGAAAACAUUUUGAUACCAAGAUUUCAGUUUGGCCUUUUUUUAUACUUUCUGUCACAUUGCCACAAUAUCUAGAGUGGUAUACAAUUGUCUUCAUGAAGUUGUGUUGUGGUUUGUUUGUUUUUUUUAAAUUUAUUGUUCUGUUUUUUUUGUUUUGUUUUUUAGGGGGGGGGUGUUGGAGUACAUCAUUUUCCUUGCUUUUUAUGGCCCUGCAACCAUUUAUUUUAUAAUUAAAGGGAUACACUUUCAUGAUUCAGAUAGAGCAUCAAUUUUAAGCAACUUUCUAAUUUACUCCUAUUAUCAAUUUUCUUUGUUCUCUUGGUAUCUUUAUUUGAAAAAGCAAGAAUGUAAGCUUAGGAGCCGGCCCAUUUUUGGUCUAGAACCUGUGUAGCACUUUCUGAUUGGUAUCUAAAUGUAGCCACUAAUCAACAAGCGCUACCCAGGUCCAGGUGCUGAACCAAAAAUGUGCCAGCUCCUAAGCUUACAUUCUUGCUUUUUCAAAUAAAGAUAACAAAAGCUGCUCUAUCUGAAUCAUGGAAGUUUAAUGUUCACUAGACUAUCCCUUUAAGCCUUGGCUGAUUUGGAACCUCUGUGAAAUAAAUAUGUAUAUAUAUUUAUGCAAUGAUAGUCACAGGAACAAAAUGUGUUUAGCCAAUCAUAAUUCUCAUUAAAUGUACUAGAGACUGGAAAUGGUAUAAUACCCAAUUGCAAGAACCAGAUUCUAUAAGGUGUAUUCUAAUAUGCAGAUGAUGGAUGAAUCUACAGUAUUGUAACUGAUAAGGUCUCCUUUUUUGUUUUUUACCUAUAGCUUUUAUUACCAUCUGUUUUAAAAUGUUCCAAUCCUGAUAAUAUGCUUAUAAUAUUGUUUGUACUGUUUAUUCUUCACCAGAAUUAUCAGAAAUACAUAAAUAGAUUAAUUAAAUUGAUUUAGCACUUAUAAAGGUUUAUGAAAUGCUAUGGAUACCCUAUCAUAAAAUGUGGCAAAAUCUCAAGAGAUCACAUACUACAGUAUUUACGUAUGAAUAGGGUAGUUACUGGCAAAGUACUUUAUUCAUAAUAAUUGUGGAGUUAAUGCCCAAAUAAUGUGUUUAACACAGCCUGAUACAGGAGUAUAAAAGCUGAUCAGCUUGUGUGAUUUGCCCUAGACAAUUUGUUUUUACUUAAUUAUUUUGGAUUUCAGUGUUUAGAAAACAAAAAAAUGACAACAUACAGAUUGAAUAAUAUUUUUGAAAUUGAAUAAUUGGUUUAUUUUUUUAACAGCACUUUUUAAAAUUGAUUUUGUAGUUUUAAAUUGAUAAAAACAAAAUGUAAUUUAAAGGAAUGCUAUUAAUAUAUUCAUUAAAUUACAAUGAAAAUAUCUAAAACAUCAGUGCACAAUCCUCUUUACGAUUUUUUAUGUUUAUUUAUAAAAUUCCUUUUUAAAAAAAAAAUCAUGUGAUUCCAAAUGAAACAGUGGUUUGAAAUUAAGCAUGUUCAUAUUUUAAUUUUCACCCGCACAUCACUGCAACCUCCAGCAAAUGGCAACUAUUUAAUAUUAUUUUAUUCCAAACCAGAAUUGCUGUAAAAUUACUAGUAAAAGAUGUGCAUAUUCUUGUUUUAA